AUGGAGGUGGUGACUGGUGCCAUGGGAAGCCUGCUUCCCAAGCUCGGCGAGCUGCUCGUGGGGGAGUACAAGUUGCAGAAGGGCGUCAAGGAGGACGUCGAGUCCCUCGAGAGGGAGAUGAAGAGCAUGAACGCUGCUCUUGUCAAGGUGGCGGAGGUGCCAAGGGACCAGCUGGACAACCAGGUCAUCGUCUGGGCUGAUGAACUCAGGGAGCUGUCGUACGACAUGGAGGAUGCCAUCGACAACUUCCUGGUGUGCAUCGAGGGGAUGGGAUCCGACGCCGUUGCCGACUCAAACAAGCUCAAACAGCUAAUCGUGAAGAUGGCCAACUUAUUCACCAAAGGCAAGACUCGCCAUCAGAUCGCUAGUGCCAUCAGGGACAUCAAGAACCGCGCCCAAGAGGUGGCUGGCCGGCGUGACAGAUACAGGGUCGACGAUGCUGUUGCCAAUGCAGCUGGAAAACACAAAGUUGACCCUCGUGUCUUGGCUUUGUACAAGGAUCCGAAAGAGCUUAUUGGCAUUGAAGACGCACGGAACGAGCUAACCAGGCGGCUCACAGAUGGUGAUGGUUAUGGGGAUGUUCCCAAGCAGCAGCCCAAGAUGAAGAUAGUCUCUAUUGUUGGACCUGGAGGACUUGGCAAGACUACACUUGCUAAGGCAGUGUAUGAUAGGCUUCAAACACAAUUUGAAUACACAGCUUUUGUUCCGGUGGGUCGAAACCCUGAAGUGAAGAAAGUUCUCAGGGAUAUCCUCUUGGAACUUGACAGGAAACAGAAGCAAGAGUGUAUGGGUGAUGUAGUAACACUGGAUGAAAGACAACUAAUCGACAAACUCCGACGACGACUUGAGAAUGCAAGGUACUUCAUUGUCAUUGAUGACAUAUGGGAUUUAAAAGCAUGGAACAUUAUCAAAUGUGCUUUGCUUGAUAACAAUCAUGGGAGCCGAGUAAUCACAACUACUCGUAUUCUCGACGUCGCCACAAAGACCGGUGAUAUUUACAAGCUAAAACCACUUUCUCAAUAUUUAUCUGAAGAAUUGUUCUAUACAAGAUUGUUUGGUGGUAAAGAUAAAUGCCCUUUUGAUCAACCGGCUGAAGUAUCAAACAAAAUUUUACAGAAGUGUGGAGGUGUGCCAUUAGCUAUAAUUACAAUAGCUAGUUUGUUGGUUGGUAAACCUAUGGAGGAUUGGUCUAAAGUAUUCAACUCUAUUGGUUUUGGAUCUGGAGAUAAUAACACAGAUGUAGAGAACUCGAGGAGGAUAUUAUUAUUUAGUUAUUAUGAUCUACCUUGUCAUCUAAGGUCUUGUCUGCUGCAUCUGAGCAUAUACCCAGAAGACUAUUCGAUCAUGAAAGACACAUUGAUAUGGCAGUGGGUCGCCGAAGGAUUUAUCAAUGAGGAACCAGGGGUAAGUUUAUUUGAGACCGGAGAAAAAUACUUUUAUGAACUCUUAAAUAGAAGCAUGAUCCAGCCGGUAGAGCAUCCAGCAAAGCACACAAUAUAUGCUUGUCAUAUUCAUGAUAUGGUGCUGGAUAUGAUUUGUUUAUUAUCAAAGGAACAAAAUUUUGUUACUAUAUUGGAUAGUAACGAAGAGCACACACCUUCACAAUGCAAUGCCCGCAGGUUAGCUAUUCAAAAGAGGGUUGUGCCUCUGGCUAACAUGAGCAUGCCGAAACUGAGGUCGUGUUAUGCUACCAUGUGUGAUCCCAAUGCAGUGCCAUCAGUUUCAAACUUUCAAGCGCUACGUGUUCUAGCCAUGGAAAAGUGCAGUUUUGAGAGAGACCGUCCUUACCAUCUUGAGCAUCUUGGGAGGUUACCUCAGUUGAGAUACCUGAGUCUACGGAGCACACAUAUUACUAAAAUCCCAGAAGAAAUAGGACAUCUAAAGCUUCUGCAGACACUGAACUUGAGGAACACUCAUAUAAAAGAGUUACCAGAGAGUAUUGGUUUGCUAAGAAAACUCAAGUGUCUGCUUGCUGAUGUGUAUGGUGGUGCUGGUAUAACAGUGUCGAAUUGGAUAGGGAACCUGACAUCCUUGGAAGAGCUACAUUUGGUAAGUGCUGACGAGUCUUGUAUCUUCGCGAAAGAGCUCAGCAAGCUGACAGAGCUGAGGGUGCUCAUCUGUAGUUUAGCUACAGUUAAGGAUGAGUGCUGGCUCAAAAAUUUUUGUGGAGUCUUUAUGCAAUCUGCGGAAAAUCCAAGUCCUAGGAUUUCACUGGGAGAAGAGUUUGAGGACAAUGCCUAUGCUUCUGAUGUUCACAAAGUGACCGCAGCAGUGAGGCGAGCAAUCAACACCCAUCCUAACCGUCCCACGCUUGCUCUCUCGACAUAUGGUCGAUGA